GUUUAUUAAUACAUUUAUUUAAAACUUUGAUUUUAUAAUUUUUUAUGACAUUAAGCAUUAUCUGUUUUAAUAAUUUCUAAUUUACUACAACUCUAAAAAUCAUAAUAGAUAUAAAAAAAGCUUCAACACUGUUUGUCUUCUACCAUUUCUUUAUUAUCGCAGCUUCUUCGCCGUGAUUGUCAAAUUCGCCAUUUCAGUGCCGAAUUCGACCAACGAAAUUUUCAUUCAUUCUUCAUUCGUUGAUGUGAAAGGUGUAAUAAGUGAAUCGGGCGUGGAGGAAAAAGUCUUUUUUAGAUUAGUUUUUUCUUUAGUGGAAGAAAAAAUUACAAACCGGAACUUAUGAGGAAAAGUGCACGCGGUGCAAAACUUUUAAUUUACUGAGUGUGGUUGUAAGCUGCAGUGGAGUUAAAUAUAAAAAAUUGUUGUGCUAAUAUUCGUCGCGACGAAUGAAGUAGAAAAUUUCACACAAUUUUCUUGUGGCAGUUUUCAGUUGUCUACCUGCCGCAGCCGCUACCAAUAACGGCGACAACAACAACAGUACCAAUAAAUACGUGAGCGGUAGUGCGAGCACCAACAACAUAUCCGCUCCAAACUCCAUUUGAUUUGUGUGUUUGUUGGGUGCUGCCGUCAUCGUCGCCAUCAGCACCAGUGCCGCCUCCCAAAUGGCUGAGACGUGGAAAAUUGCUAAUUUUUAAAAGAAAUUUUUACUCAAGCAUAAAACAAAGAAAAAAGAUCGGUGAAAAAUGAAAAUUUCGUGAGAAGAUUAGAAGAAAUAGUGAAAGCAACAAAAGGAGUACUUGUAAACGAAAAAGAGAGAAGCCGCUGUUGCUGCUGCUGCUCCCCACCCCAAAUAAGGUGGAAAUUCGAAACAAAUUUUAUAAAUGCAUAUUUCUAAAACAAUCUAAAUUCAUAAUCGAUUAUUAUAAUUUCUCGGUGUGUUAGUGUUUUCUAUAAAGUGAGAUAAUUCCAUUCUUGCUUUUAGAAACUUGGCGAAAAAAAUUCCAAACAGCAAAAGUAAUAAAAUAGAAAUAGAUGUAAUAAAGUGAUUAAACUAGCGAUGAAUAUGAUAAAUGAAUAAAACAGGAGAAGAGAAGAACAUAAAACGAAGUGGAGCGAAAAAUAUAAAGUGUCAGACCUAAGUGAAUUACAAUAGAAUAGAAUUAAAUGAAAUACAAAAAGUGAAUAAUAAUAGUAAUAUAAAAGACAAAUAGAGAAUAAAAAUAAAAAAAAAGAAUUACUGCUUUAAAAGGCAGAUAAGUGAACAAACGCAAAAAGGAAGGGAAAUAACAGAAAUAGCAAAUCAAAAUGGCGCACCAACAGCAACUUGCCCCAUCUGUGAACUGCUCAUUGGAUGAUAUCGAUUUGAAUGCAUUGAAGGAUCCCGCUGGUAUCUUCGAGCUUAUCGAAGUCGUCGGCAAUGGCACCUAUGGGCAAGUCUACAAGGGUCGCCAUACGAAAACUGGUCAAUUGGCUGCCAUAAAGGUGAUGGAUGUCACCGAAGAUGAAGAGGAAGAAAUUAAAUUAGAAAUCAAUGUGCUUAAAAAAUACUCAAAUCAUCGCAAUAUUGCAACCUAUUAUGGCGCUUUUAUAAAGAAAUCUCCACCGGGCAAAGACGAUCAAUUAUGGCUGGUCAUGGAGUAUUGUGGUGCCGGCUCGGUAACCGAUCUUGUCAAAACGACAAAGGGACAGAGCCUCAAGGAGGAAUGGAUUGCGUAUAUUUGUCGUGAAAUAUUGCGUGGUCUCAGCUAUUUGCAUACAAAUAAAGUUAUACAUCGUGAUAUCAAGGGACAAAAUGUGUUGCUAACAGAUAAUGCCGAGGUUAAACUGGUGGACUUUGGUGUAUCAGCACAAUUGGAUCGCACGAUAGGACGGCGAAACACAUUCAUAGGCACGCCAUACUGGAUGGCACCCGAAGUUAUUGCCUGUGAAGAAAAUCCGGAGGCCACAUACGACAACCGUUCCGAUUUGUGGUCUUUGGGUAUAACCGCAUUAGAAAUGGCUGAAUGCCAGCCACCUUUGUGUGACUUACAUCCGAUGCGUGCACUAUUCUUAAUUCCACGUAACUCACCGCCACGUCUAAAAUCGAAAAAGUGGUCGAAGAAAUUUCACGGAUUCAUUGACACCGUUCUUGUGAAAGACUACCAUCAGCGGCCUUACACAGAGCAAUUACUAAAGCAUGCAUUCAUCAAGGAUCAACCCACAGAUCGUCAGGUGCGAAUACAAUUGAAGGAUCACAUCGAUCGUUGCAAGAAACGAAAGCAGGAAAAAGAUCGCGAUGACUUUCACUAUUCCGGUUCGGAUAAUGAUGAUGAUGAGCCGCAAAUUGCUGGUGAGCCCAGCUCCAUCAUACAGGCACCAGGCGGUGACACCUUACGACGCAAUUUCCAACAGAUACAAGAGGGACGUAUCGCUGCCGAACAACAGCAGCAGCAGAAAAUGGCUGCGGCUGCUGCAGCUGCACAAGCCCAGGCUCAGGCACAAGCUCAGCUGCCGCAAGCUAAUCGCAACCAGAAACCGCAAUCGCGUGAGCAACGGCAACAAAUCGAAGAGCCCGGUCCACCAUCGCGCCCGGCUUUGCCACAACGCGUCAUUGUGGUGCCCGAUCCACCGCUUGCAAAUCCACCACAUGCCAAUCGACCAUUACCACCAACUCCAAAAAGCUCAGAACCCACUGCUCAAACGCCACAGCAACAACAGCGUAAUUCGCAAAAUAAUUUCAAACCAUCGUUGCCACCAAGGAGACCUGAGGAUUUGGACAUGAUAGCAGCACAACUUAAUGAAUUGGGCGUCUCUCAACAGCCGCAACCGCAAACCGCUUUUGGACAGUCACAAUUACAACAGCAGGCCCAACCGGAGGCGCCACCACGUAAUAAUCGCCAAUCGGUGCCACCGUCAUCAUCAGCACAGAUGAAAUCGGCACCAGCCGUACCGCCGUUAUCCAAUAAUCAUCAUCACGUGCAGCCAAUAAAUCCACUAGAUCCGCUGGAUAGCAGCGAUACGGAUAGCGAGCCGGAUGAGCCCAACGAACGUGGACGUAACGAUGGCACACUCUUGGCCAGUGAUCCACCGAAGCCACUGCCUGGACUUGGACCCGUUUCCGAGGACACAACGACCACACCCAUCAGUCAUGGCAGCAGCAGCGGUGGCGGACCACCGAAUCGCCCCUUGCCACCCACACCCGAUGACGACGAUCAAGCUGGCGAUCGUACAUUGAUCAUGAAGAGGAAACUCGAAAAUCAAAACAAAAUCCAAAAGUCUGCCUCCACCACUUGUGCCAAUCGUCCGAACAAAGAUGAAGCUGUGCUCAUGCGCGAAUGGGACAUUGAGAAGUUCUUUCCGAAUCAUGAAGGCGGCGCCGCGGCCAUUUCCAAUUCGAGCACACUGAAAGCCGAACAGAAGCUGCUGCAUCGCAGUAGCGUUUCAGAGAUGAUGCGCCGUAAUUCACAUCACCAAUCGCCGCCAACAACUAAACUACAACAACAGCCACCACCUGUGCCACAAGGCUUCCAGCCACUAAAAGGAACCAAAGAAAGCCAACAGCCACAGCCGCAACCACGAAGCGGUCAAAGCGGCAACGCUGGCAGCAACAGCAGCACCACCAGCACCACCAGCACUAGCGGUGCAAGCGCACAAAAACCCAAUCAAAUGAGCAGUAGCGCCAACGCAGGCGUACAGAAGGCACAACCGCAACAGCUGGUGCACAAACGUCAGGAGUCCGACUCGAAAUUGCCGAAUUUUAUGCGCAGCUUUAGGCGUGAGAAUUCCGAUUUCUUUCCGCAGAUGAAACGCUACUCGGCCGUACUGGGCAACAGCAGUAAUUUGAGCUCACCGCAAUUGGUGCAGGCACAACGCGCCAGCGUCAUGCUACCACGCGGCAGCAUAUACAACAACAAUAAUAAUAAGAACGAAACUACGACGUCCAACGACAAUAAGCCAAAGGAUAAGAAUAGCAUUAGUACUAGUGCGAAGACCACUACUUCCACCACAGCAACAACAACAGCCAAUAGUGCUUCCAAUGCUGCCAAGCAGCAACAAGUGCCAACAACGCAACAACAACAACAAACGACACCAAAGUCAAACAGCACUACAAGUGCCAAUAAGUCCAACAACAAUAGUGCCAAUGGUGGUAAUAGCGCGUCAGCGAGUGCGGCGCAACCGCAAGCGGAUAAAACGGGCUGGUUAAAUAAUUUGACGCCGCGACCCAGACGCGAAAAGACUGAAUCGGUAAUUGUUUUGCAAAACUCCGCAGCUAGACAGCAGUCAUUCCUGGCGCAACUAAUACAACAGCAGCAGAAUCGUAGCAGUGAAAAUAGCGGUCUCGGCACUCCCGGCACACGCACCAGCAGCGUAUUACCCGACUUGCUCAGUCAAGCCUCGCCGGCAACACCACCGCGUCACGAUAAAUCAUCUAGCGAGGAGUAUCAAGCGGCCAUCAACUCAUCAGUGCAUUCCACGCCAUCCAAGUCGUUUAUCAGUUCGAACAAUUCGCCGCAGUCGACGAUUUCGUUGUCGUCAUCGUCGCGGCAGAAUAGUCCGAAAAAUUCAAUUAGCAAAACUAGAUCUACCAGCAGUAUUACUAAUUUAUUGCACAAAUCUGCUUCUUCUUCUUCCAAUAUAUCAACGCCGCCAUCAUCAUCCUCCAAUUUGCCACCACACGCCUAUGCGCUGCAACAGAAACAGCGCAGUUUCCUCACAUUCGGUUUUGGUGCUGGCGGCUCGGGACCAACGCGUCGUGAAUCGCAUAUAAAUGUCAAUGUGACGCCGACAUCGCACGAGGCGACCAGUGACACACCAGAAAUACGUAAAUACAAGAAACGUUUCAAUUCGGAGAUAUUAUGCGCAGCAUUGUGGGGUGUCAAUCUAUUGAUCGGCACCGAGAAUGGCCUGAUGCUGCUGGAUCGCUCUGGACAGGGAAAGGUGUAUCAACUGAUCUCGCGUCGUCGUUUCCAACAAAUGGAGGUGCUAGAAGGUCAAAAUAUUUUGGUUACCAUAUCGGGUAAAAAGAAUCGUGUGCGCGUUUAUUAUUUAUCAUGGCUGAAAUCGAAAAUCCUACGUACCGAUGGACUUUCUGAUCAAGUGGAGCGUCGCAAUGGCUGGAUAAAUGUUGGUGAUUUACAAGGUGCUGUACAUUUUAAAAUUGUGAAAUACGAAAGGAUUAAGUUCCUAGUGAUCGCAUUAAAAGACUCGAUUGAAAUUUAUGCAUGGGCUCCCAAGCCAUAUCACAAAUUUAUGGCAUUUAAGAAUUUCGGCGAUUUAGAGCAUCGUCCGUUAUUAGUUGAUCUCACCAUAGAGGAUCAAUCACGUCUUAAAGUGAUUUAUGGUUCUGCCGAGGGUUUCCACGCUGUGGACUUAGACUCCGCUGAAGUAUACGAUAUUUAUCUUCCUAAACAUACUCAUGAUGCAAUCAUUCCGCAUUGUAUAGUGGCGCUUCCAAAUUCGAAUGGCAUGCAGCUUUUGCUCUGCUACGACAAUGAAGGUGUCUAUGUAAAUACGGUUGGGCGAGUUUCAAAGAAUAUUGUCUUGCAGUGGGGUGAAAUGCCGACAUCCGUGGCCUACAUCGGCACAGGACAAAUCAUGGGCUGGGGCAAUAAAGCAAUAGAAAUUCGUUCGGUUGAAAGCGGUCAUUUGGACGGUGUGUUUAUGCACAAAAAAGCACAACGCUUGAAAUUCCUGUGCGAACGCAAUGACAAGGUGUUCUUUAGUAGUGCCAAAGGUGCAUCAUCAUGUCAAAUAUACUUCAUGACACUCAACAAGCCAGGCAUGGCCAAUUGGUAAUCAGUCAGAGAAUUCAAAGGAUUCGAAGUGAUAUAUUGCGCAACGUAGAAGCACGUACGAUUUAUAUGAGCGUAGAGAGAAUAGAGUGAAGAAAUUUAAUUGAAUACAAAAACAAAACAUUGAAAUUAUAACGAUAACGCUGAUUGAUUACGACACAAUCGACCGUUUUGUUUCUCCUAUUUAUAAGAGAAUUUUAAAUUAAUAAUAUAAAUAUAUAUAUAAAUAAUAAAAACACAAUAACAAAACAGAUAAAAAAUAUAAAAAUAAAAUGCUUAAUACUGCAUGCUGGAUAUGAAAUGAAAAACACACACACACACAUACACACUUUAAAAACAUUAGCAGACUUGCGACGCAAAUGAGUUUUGAAAAUGUUUUGUAAUGAAAUGCCAGCUAUUUAAUUUGGAAAUAUAUAUGCCAAAACCUGGAAAGCAAUGGAAAGUGGAAAGGAUGUGUGCGUGUACCCUAGGACGGUACGCUUGAAAUAUAUAUCGAAAAAUAUGUGGAAAUGGAUUUGCGCUAACAGAAACUAACCGUUAAUGCAGCACGCUGUAGACAUGUAUUUUAAUAUGUAAUUUAGUUGUGUUAUGGAAAUUUAUAUAGAGAACAAAAAAAAACAAUUAAGCAUGAAAAUGAAAUAUCGCAUUGAAAUUGAUUUAAAAAAUAUAAAAUGAAAACACAGACGAUAUUUGCAUUAAAUCCUGGUUAGACACAAACAAAAGUGAACGCACAGCGUGUUCGAAAAGAACUUCGAAUUUGGUUUUUAUGAGUUUUCGCAAUUAUAAUUUCAAAAUUUAUGUAUCAUAAGAGAGUUGUUGACAAAAAACUUAUUUUUUAUUAAAUUUUAUAAAAACUUAAAAAAAUAUAUGGUUUUUUUUGCUACUUUUUAACCUUACAUUACGUUCUUUAAAAAUUUAUUUUGCCGUUUCUUGAAGUAAAGUGGUAAUUUUUUAUUUUUUGUUUUUGUGUUAACUUUCAAUGUAGUAAGGUUAAGUUCAAAAUAAUUUAUUUAGCUGUUUCUUGUUUUUUUUUUUUUGUUAAAUUUUAUUUUAGUAAAGUUAUGUUCAAAAAAAUUUCAAAAUGAUAUUUAUUUUAAAAUUUUCAGUUAUAUUAUUACAUAAAAUGGUAAAUAAUUUUAAAAGCUAAACAAAAAACAAAAUUCAAAGUUUUUUGUUGCAUACGCUGUGCGUCAUUUGUUUAGACAUUAUGUGUUACGUUUUUUAAAAUGUAAAAAAAAACAACUAAUUUAUUUAGUUUGAUGCUCAUGACAGUUAAAAAAAAUAAUCAUUUUGCUAAAUUCUACGGCACAUUGUCUGUUUGGAAGCUUAUUUAGUAAAGUAUUUUAUUUGAAAUAUUUAAAAAUAUGUUAUUUAUGUGAGCAUUACUCACAGUGAGUGCCAAUUUUUUGUUAUAUUUGAAAAAAAUUGCACGUUUAUACAAUUUUUAAGCAGUUAUGUUUUAGAAAACUACGCGAAAAUUGAAACAUGUGGUGUACCUCCUCGUACACCUACAUUAAAAUAUAUGGAAAAAGAGAAAUGCCUAAAAGUGUCGCGAAAUGUAAACAAAGAGAGAAAAAGCGGUAUAGAGAAAAUUUCAAAAUGAGUUAUGAGCAAUAUAUGUGCGUGUAAAAGCUUUUAACAAAAAAGUUUAACGUGCGCGUUGUGUGUUAGAAAGGCGUCGAAUUCGAAUUUGUAGAGCCCAGCUUGUAAAAUUACGGCGACAAUUGCAGUUCACAAUGCGCGCACACAUAAAAGGCGGUUAUGCCAACUGUAUUCGAUUUUUUGUUUUUCAAAUAUUAAUUUUUUAAAGCAAAUAAAUUUUGCACACAUGAAUGUUUUUUAUUGAAAUCGUAAUUUUAAGCUAAGCCAAUUUGUCCUUGCAAUAAACGAGAACCACAAAUAUCAAAAAAAAAAAAAUUAAAAUUAAAUAUAUAUUUAUGUGAAAAUAUACGAAAGCAUUCGUAAGCACUUUUUCUUAUUUAACAUAUACAUAUGUAUGUAUGAUGAGAAUAUAAAUAUUUCUUUUUGUAAUGAAUUUAUUACAUACUAUUAAUUAUAUACACAAAUACAAUUUUUACUCUUUACAUGAAAAAGUAGUAGUUUAUAUUUUGGUUGCCCAACGUAGCACCGUCGCCCACGCUUGGGUUUAUUUAGGUUUGUCUUACUAUGUAGUUGCAUAUGUGUUGUAACAUGUUUUUUUUUUUUUUGUUAAUUUUUUUAUAUAAUUUUUUUUUUUGUUUUUAAUUUUUGUUUUCUAAUAAAAAAUUGAAUUGAAACGCCAUUUGUAAAAACAUAAGUGAUAGUACAUAAAUACAAAUGAAUGAAGAUUAUAUUAUAUAAUAUCAAUUAAUGCGAAAGUGAAUAGCAUGGAAUGGAAACCGGAAAUGGUAUAUAUGUAAAACGCAUAGAAAAUGUAUGAAAUUCGAGCUAUGUAUGUAAAAAGCAAAAACAAAUAGCGCAUCAAUGAGUGAAGUGGAGUGUCGUGCAUUAAGAAAAUAGUAUUUAAAAAAAAAACAUACAAAUAAUAAUAUUAGCAUAAAAAUAAAGCGAUUGACAGCCCGCGGUACACACGUGACACUCGCACGCAAAUAGACACAUUUAAAGAAUUAAAGAAUUAAAGAAAUAUUUAAACACGCAAAAGUGUGGCUGCAAAGCGUUGCAAUGAAGUAAAUAAGUAAAAUAUAAAAAAGAAAAAUAAAUAUUAAAGCAUAAAAUAAAGAUAAAAAGAAAGCUAAAUAAAUGAAGCAGUUUAUAUACAUACAUAAGAAUACUAAACGGCCUAGUUAAGCAUUUUUUACUGAACUUUUUACAAAGCGCCUAAAACACGGCGCUCGCAAUAAAGAAUGAAUGCGUACACUCACACAAAUGAAUUCAAACUUUAAAUACACACAGACAUAUAUAUACAUAUAUAUAUAUUUAAUUUAUAAAUAUGAAAUAUAUAUAUGUAUGUAUAUAAAUGCAUUGAUGGUGCAUUAAAUGAACAACAAACAAAAAUAAGUUUAUAAAAUAAAUGAAAAGAAGCAAAGCAACAAAUUAAGAGUUAACACAUGCAAUCAUAAACAGAAAGAAGCAAAACGCGGUAAAAUAUGGAGCUGCAACAAAUUUAAUUUGUAAUCUUUAAUUGUAAUUAGUUCACUUAUAUAUAUAUAUUUUAUUGUUUUUGCUGCGCUCAGUAUCGGUAUGUAUAGCUAAAUUUUUUUUUGUACUUCACCGCACGCUCUUACAUGUGCUCGAAAUCAAUGCCGAUAGCUGUAUUUAUAGCACAACCACAUAAUUUGUAACUCAAAUGCUAAAAAAUCUAAAAAAAAACGUCAAUAAUUUGUAUUCUUUUUUUUUUUUUUGUAUUUCUUCAAUGUAUUUGCUACUUAACGUUACUCUUUGUGUGUUGUAUUUGUAAAAGCAUAAACAAUUUAGUUUUGCUGUUGUCGCAAUGCAUUGCUGGCGCUUCAUAUUGAAGUGCCCCAGUCAAGCAAACACCCUAUAUAAUUAUUUGUGUGCAACACGGUAUAUUCGUUUUUUUUUGUGUUUCGCUUAAAUUUUGCAAAACACAUACAUUCAUACAGACAACAUUUGCGAACUUUUUUUUUUUACUAAGAUUUUUCGUGUUCUUAAAAUGAAAUCUACAAAAAAAGUAUAUGCAAAUUUAGAAAUUUUAAGCCACAUUGGAAGUUACUUCAAUCGAUGUAUAUUUGUUUGUUUGUUUGUUCGUUUUUAACCUAUAAGUUAUGUAAUUAAUUAAUAAAUGUAUUUGGAUUUGUGUUAAUUGGCGUAUUGAUGAAAUCUAAUGUAUAAUCCUUAACCGGCCAACCCUUUAUAUAUGCUGUCUUCUUAAUUUUCACUAUCGAAACGACAACAUUAUUAUCAUUAUUAUUUUGUUUUUUAUAUAAUUGUGCGCAUUGUUGCGCCAAUAAGGCGCAUAUAUCUAAAUAUUAAUUGAAAUAAAUAUGAAAUAUAUAUAUAUAUAUAAUCUCAAAAUUAAAAUGGCAAAAAAAUAAAUAAAGGAAUGUGUAUUCUUUCAUGAAGCUUUCAAA